GGGAGGCCGGUCGGCCGCGGGCGGGCGGGCAGCGCAGCGCCGAGCGGGGCCCGCGGGCCCAUGAGGAGGCCCGGGGACCAUGGGCUCCAGGAUCAAGCAAAACCCAGAGACCAUGUUUGAAGUGUAUGUUGAAGUGGCCUCUCCUAGGACAGGUGACACUGUUUCAGAUCCUGAGGUGCAGAGGCAAUUCCCGGAGGACUACAGUGACCAGGAAGUUCUACAGACUUUGACCAAGUUUUGUUUCCCCUUCUAUGUGGACAGCCUCACAGUUAGCCAAGUUGGCCAGAACUUCACGUUUGUGCUCACUGACAUUGACAGCAAACAGAGAUUCGGGUUCUGCCGCUUAUCUUCAGGAGCCAAGAGUUGCUUCUGUAUCUUAAGAGAUAAAGGGCUGGAGACUGAAAGAGAUACAGUGACUUGGCCAAGAUCUCACAAAGACUAUCUCCCCUGGUUCGAAGUAUUUUAUAAGCUGCUUAACAUCUUGGCAGAUUACACGACAAAAGGACAGGAGAGUCAGUGGAAUGAGCUUCUUGAAACUCUGCACAAACUUCCUAUCCCUGACCCAGGAGUGUCUGUUCAUCUCAGCGUGCAUUCUUAUUUUACUGUGCCUGACACCAGAGAACUUCCCAGCAUCCCUGAGAAUAGAAAUCUGACAGAGUAUUUUGUGGCUGUGGAUGUAAACAACAUGCUGCAUCUGUACGCAAGCAUGCUCUGCGAGCGCCGGAUCCUCAUCAUCUGCAGCAAACUCAGCACUUUGACUGCCUGCAUCCAUGGGUCUGCUGCAAUGCUCUACCCCAUGUUCUGGCAGCACGUGUACAUCCCCGUCCUGCCUCCACAUCUGCUGGACUACUGCUGCGCUCCCAUGCCCUACCUCAUAGGAGUCCAUUUAAGUUUAAUGGAGAAAGUCAGAAACAUGGCCCUGGAUGAUGUCGUGAUUCUGAACGUGGACACCAACACCCUGGAAACCCCCUUUGAUGACCUCCAGAGCCUCCCAAAUGACGUGAUCUCUUCACUGAAGAACCGGCUGAAGAAGGUCUCCACAACAACUGGAGAUGGUGUGGCCAGAGCCUUCCUCAAGGCCCAGGCCGCUUUCUUCGGCAGCUACCGAAACGCUCUGAAAAUAGAGCCGGAGGAGCCAAUCACCUUUUGCGAGGAAGCCUUCGUGUCCCACUAUCGCUCCGGAGCCAUGAGGCAGUUCCUGCAGAACGCCACACAGCUGCAGCUCUUCAAACAGUUUAUCGAUGGUAGAUUAGACCUUCUCAAUUCCGGUGAGGGCUUCAGUGAUGUUUUUGAAGAGGAGAUCAACAUGGGCGAGUAUGCUGGGAGCGAUAAACUGUACCACCAGUGGCUCUCCACAGUCCGGAAAGGAAGUGGAGCGAUUCUGAAUACUGUAAAAACGAAAGCAAACCCAGCCAUGAAGACUGUCUAUAAGUUCGCAAAAGAUCAUGCAAAAAUGGGAAUAAAAGAGGUGAAAAACCGCUUGAAGCAAAAGGACAUCACCGAGAAUGGCUGUGUCCCCACCACAGAAGAGCAGCUGCCAAAGACUGCGCCGUCCCCACUGGUGGAGGCCAAGGACCCCAAGUUCCGAGAAGACCGGAGGCCAAUCACGGUCCACUUUGGACAGCCACAGAGACUCCAUCCCACUCGCCCGCCGCCUCCCAAGAUACAGCGCUCGAGGCCCGUGCGCCCUCCCCGGCCACACGUCAUUAAGAGACCGAAGAGCAACAUCACGGUGGAAGGCCGGAGGACGUCCAUCUCGAGCCCCGAACACCUCGUAAAGCCCUUGCGACACUAUGCUGUCUUCCUCUCCGAAGACUCCUCUGACGAUGAAUGCCAGCGGGAAGAGGGCCCGAGCUCUGGCUUCACCGAAAGCUUUUUCUUCUCCGCUCCCUUUGAAUGGCCGCAGCCAUAUCGGACACUCAAGGAGUCAGACAGCGCGGGAGACGAGGCGGAGAGCCCUGAGCAGCGAGCACGGGAGCCCGUGGGCCCCACCCCAGCUCCGCCCGACCGGGCUGCCAGCAUCGACCUCCUGGAGGACGUCUUCAGCAGCCUCGACAUGGAGGCCCCACUGCAGCCACUGGGCCAGGCCAAAAGCUUGGAGGACCUUCGGCCCCCCAAAGACCUGAGAGAGCAGCCGGGGACCUUUGACUAUCAGAGGCUGGACCUGGGCAGGAGUGAGAGGAGCCGUGGGAUGCCAGGAGCCUUGAAGCUCGCCCACCCACACAACAAGCUCUGGAGCCUGGGCCAGGACGACAUGGCCAUCCCCAGCAAGCCUCCUGCCACCUCCCCCGAGAAGCCCUCGGCCCUGCUUGGGAAAUCCCUGGCCCUGCCCAGCAGGCCCCAGAACCGGGACGGCAUCCUGAACCCCACCGACAAGGAGGAGGUGCCCACCCCCACUCUGGGCAGCAUCACCAUCCCCCGGCCCCAGGGCAGGAAGACCCCGGAGCUGGGCAUCGUGCCCCCGCCCCCCACUGCCCGCCCGGCCAAGCUCCAGGCUGCCGGCACUGCCCUUGGCGACUUCUCCUCAGAGUGGCUGCAGGCAGAGCGGGAAAGGCGGGCUGCCCUGGGCUCAGCCGUGAUCCCUGGGCUCCACCCCAGUGCUGCCCUGCAAGACCCCACCGAACUGCUCCAGCCACUCAGCCUGGCCCCGGGGGCUACGGGCACAGGCAGUGAUGCCCUGCUGGCCCUCCUGGACCCACUUAGCACAGGCUGGUCAGGCACUACCCUUCCACCAGGUCCUACAGCCCCAAAUGUAGCCACCCCAUUUACUCCCCAGUUUAGCUUCCCCCCCAUGGGGACCCCCACCCCAUUUCCACAGCCAUCACUCAACCCCUUUGUCCCAUCUGUGCCAGCGACACUGCCUGCCAUGCCCCUGAUCUCCACACCAGCUGGGCCUUUUGGGGCCCCUCCUGCUUCCCUGGGGCCCGCUUUUGCUCCCAACCUCCUGCUGUCCAGUUCUGGCUUCUGUGCCCCACAGAGAUCUCAGCCCAACCUGUCUGCCCUCUCCAUGCCCAACCUCUUUGGCCAGAUGCCCAUGGGUGCCCACUCCCUCCAGCCCCUGGGUCCCCCAGCAGUUGCCCCUUCAAGGAUCCGAACAUUGCCCCUGGCCCGCUCAAGUGCCAGGGCUGCCGAGGCCAAGCAAGGGCUGGCGCUAAGGCCUGGGGACGCCCCACUCCUUCCUCCCAGAGCCCCCCAGGGCCUGGAGCCAGCACUGCAGCCAUCUGCUCCACGAGAGGCCAGAGACCCCUUUGAGGAUUUGUUACGGAAAACCAAGCAAGAUGUGAGCCCGGCCCCAGCCCCCGGCUCAGUGGAGCAGCUCAGGAAGCAGUGGGAGACCUUCGAGUGAGCAGGCGCUGAGUGCUGGGGGCGAGCUGAGGCCCGGCUGCCCGCCGCGGCAGCUCUGCGGCUGGCCGGCCCUGCUUCCCCUGCUGCUCUGUUUCUGUCCAGGUUCUACUGGUGGGAAGGGUUGGGAGCCCUCUCUGCUGCCCCUCCUCCUCUCCACACUGCCCAUCUCUGGAGAACGGCACCAGUUCCAGCCUGGGAAUCAACCCAGCUCCUGGGCACCUGUCCCGCCCUGCCACCACCCCUCCCCUGCACCCCUGAUUGGGUUUUGCACUAGAGAGGUCAACUGGGCCAAUGAUUGCCCCAGGCCCCAUCCUACCCAGCUUCCUUCCCUCUGGAAACCGCCCACCAGGAGUCCCACGCCUCCUCAGGAUGUCUCCUCCUGAGCCCUGUUCUCCUGCCCCAACUGCAGCCCAGCCCUGCACACCCCACCUUGAUGGGCACGGGCGUUGGCAGUACCCUCGGCAUGAGCUCGUCUGUACGAGACGCACAUGGUUCGGAGUUUGAAGUAAGGAACCCCCCUCCCAGGCUGGAGGAGCUACCAGGCAAGGCAUUUCCAAACCCUCUCUAGCAAUAUGCAUACUCUUUCCUGAGUCUUCACCCCAACCCCCAAACUUCCGUUUUUCUGGCUUGGUAGGGAUUUGGGGGCUGAGGCAUCCUUGCAAUCCCUCCUGGUAGCCAAGCCAAGCCCCAGACAGCCCUGCGUGCGGCGGGCCCGGGAGCACCAGCAGCUCUGAUCUGUAGAAGACAAAAUGGCAACAGGUAAAUCUGAGAGCGCCAGGAGGAGUCAGGCUGCUGCCCUGCGCUCUCCCUCUGGUCCCCACAGUUUCUCUUGGUCUCGAGUUACCGUCAAAUGGGACUCGGCCUCUUGUCGAGUGGGUCUAAGGGGGCAGAGCUGAGGAGCAGACACCCAGCUUCCCACUGGGAGAUC